AUGGCCUCGUUCCAUGGCAAAGUCAUCGCCAUCACUGGCGCCGCGUCUGGCAUGGGUUUGGCGACGGCCAAGCUCCUCGCCGAGCGCGGUGCCAGCCUCUCGCUCUCCGACGUGCAGGCCGAGCUGCUCGACGCCGCCGCGACUGAGUGUCGCGCCGCCAACAAGGACUGCCAGGUCAUCACAGCCGUACUAGACGUGGCUGACGCAAAGGCCGUAGAGGCAUGGAUCAAGCAGACCGUCGAACGCUUUGGCAAGCUCGAUGGCGCGGCCAACAUUGCCGGCAUCUUCAAGGCCAAUCUGAAGAACAACGUGGCCGAGGAAGAUGAAGGUACCUGGGACCUGCUGCUGGCUGUCAACUUGACGGGCGUGAUGCACUGCAUGCGCUCGGAGCUCAAGGUCAUGACUUGUGGGGCGUCCAUCGUGAACGCGGCAUCUGUGAUGGGACUCGAGGGCGGGGUGGGUUCUGCCGCAUACGCCAGCUCCAAGCACGGCCUCAUCGGCCUGACACGGUCCUCGGCCAAGGAAGUCGGCCCUUCGAACAUUCGCGUCAAUUGCUUCUGCCCCGGCUUCAUCGACACGCCUAUGGUGCAGAAAUCGUAUGAGGAGCGAGGCGGCGCUGAGAACAACCCGCAGCGAAAGUUCGACACAGUUCCGCUGCAGAGAAUGGGCCAACCUUCAGAGGUAGCGUAUCUGGUUGCGUUUCUGUUGAGCGACGAGUCAAGUUUCAUUACUGGCCAGGCUAUCAGCAUUGACGGCGGCUGGAGGACGUAG